AUGGCGAAGAAGAAGAAACCACUGCGAAAGCCAGUUUCUCCUGUAGGAGACCGAGAGCAACAGUUGAAUCUGGAAGGAAAUCUGAUCAUCAAUAGCCAGGACAACUCUCGAGUGGAGUUGUGCGAGGAAGAUGCUGGUACGGGGGUAGAUGCAGUCGGAACUGAAGGUCUAGGGGUUUGUCCUUGUGAUGAGGACAUUGGGCUGGAUGAUUCUGAGCAUCACAAAGUUUUGAUCGAGGAUUUAGAUCCGGAUGAUUCGAAUUCCAAUCGUUUGUCGUGGGCAGACAAAGUGGAGAUGAAUGAUUUUCAGGCGUCAGCUCAGAAACAAUGGCAGGAAUUUCAGGCUGGUAAUCUCUCCUUUUCAGAACAGAAGCUCGAGUUUACUGAACCUAUUUUCAGAGAAGGACGGAAGUUUGCUCAAAUUGAUGCCAAGGAGGUUAAAAUGCAAUCCGCUAACUGGAGUUCGACAGUCAUAUGUAUGGUGUUGGGAGCCAACCCACCUAUGGCUGUCUUUGAAGGUUUCAUCAAGAGGGUUUGGGGUCACCUAGGGAUAGCUCAGAUAGCUAGAAUGACGAUGGGGUUAACAAUGGUAAAAUUCAAUGAUGAUGCUACUAGAGAUCAUGUCCUUGAACAUGGCCUAAUCCAUUUUGAUAGGAAGCCGGUCAUAGUUAGGCCUUGGACAACGGAUUUGAGUGCAGUCCGUCUGGUUCGAACUAUCCCUCUUUGGAUUCGCCUUCAAGACUUAGGGCUUCAAUAUUGGGGUAGCAAGUGCCUUAGUGCUUUAGUUAGCACCAUAGGUAGGCCAAUCAUGGUAGACAAAUUUACUAGAGAUAGGUCUCGUGUUCAAUUUGCUCGAGUUUUGGUUGAGAUGGAAAUCACGGAUAAUCCUCCAAAGAGUAUUCAGUUUAUUAAUGAACUUGGUCAGAUUAUGGAGCAAGGAGUUGAGUACGAAUGGCUUCCAAUUAAAUGUAAAACAUGUGCUGGUUUUGGGCACUCAAUGGCAGAAUGCAGAAAAGAGAUGAAAGCUCAUUGGGUCAAGAAAGUAACUAAGGCCCAAACAGAGAUAGAGCAGGAGUCUGGGGUACAGCAGGAAGGUCAGCUGAAAGAAGAUGGGGAUCAGGCAAAUACAGGAAAAAGUAAAGAGAUGGUGGAUUUAGAGGGGUAUUCCCGAUCAGACAAGGAAGCUAAGGAUGAUAGUGAAGUAACAGGUUCGGUCUCUAAUCCUUGGAGAACCCCAAAAAGAGUUGCAGCUCAAUCUAAGGAAGGACAGAGAUUAGAUAAUCAUGCCCAAAAAACAGGUCGUAACCCUAAAGCUCUGAACAAGUUUGGUGUUCUGCAAGAAAUAGUGGUGUCUCACAAGGAUGGUAGUUUGAAUCCUAGCUCCUCCUAUGGAUAG